GGUUGGUGGCGGUGCCGGUGGUCGCGGCGCCCGGGAUGGAGCGCGCGGGGGCGGCCGAGCAGCGGAGGAGCCAGCUGCAGGACUGCCGAGCAGCCAAGGAAAGGCUGAAACACCUGAGUGCAAAACCCUUUUUAAAGGACCGGACAAAUGACCUGAAUCCACCCUUAGAAUCAGUUUCUAGACUCAAACAUGUUGACAGGAACAAGAAGGAUGUUCUCAGAAACGUGACGAAGAGUGCUCAGGGGGAUGGCAAGCUUAGUGCCAAAUCCACACAGCAUACUGGCCACGCUGGCCAGCAGAAGCCUUCAAACACAUUCCAGAGAGCAGUGGGGGUGCAUCCAGUGCAACCAGGGAAGAGCACAAAGCUUCCUGCUUCUGCACAGACCAGAGGCAGGCUCCCAGCUCUAGACUCUGGUCACCUAAAUCCAGAAAGGAAGCAGAAGUCUGCACAGGAGACUGUCACCACUACAGCACUUCAUGUGGGAAGUGACCACUCCUCUCCUGGAGCACCUUGCUCCCUGAAUGAGGAGCUGCAGGAUGGGCUGGUCUGUCACAAGGAGAACCUCAGCCCACGAGCCUCCACACUCCCAGAGCUAAACAGAGAUUCCAAAUUUGAUGGAAGCAGUCUUGGAAAGAAGAGAGUCUUGGCUUACAGGCAAAGCUCAGCCAAAAUGUCAAGGCCUGCUGUGGGCCCAGAGGACAAAAUUAAUAACCACCAGGAUAAGAAAAACCCAGUUCCAGAUAAAUUCAGGAAAAUCCUGCCAGGCUCAAAGAGCGUGUCUCAAAAAACAAGUGUCAGAACUCAGCCAUUGCAGCCCCCUAGGUUCCUUCCUGCUUCUGCUCAUUUGCUACAUAAAACCCCAGGGACAAACCAGGAAAAAACUACGGCAGUGAAGCAACCUGUGGGAAAGCCACUUGACAGAGCUCCAGUGGGAGGUUUUAAGCAUCAAUUCCGACCCCCAGUGAGAAGUUCUCCCACUAAGCCUCUGGCCUCAGGCAGGCCCCAGGGGACAACAAACCUGAAAUCCAGCCUGAACCGAGGUGGCACCGUGUCAUGGUCAAGGCCCGUGAUUAAAGGGGGGAUGGACAGGAAGGACAUGAACGUGGUGUGUCCCAGCCACACAGCAGCAUCCCGAGGAACAGGCCAUCCAAACCAGCCUCGCAGCACACACUGCUCCAAAACUCGUGCACUUGAAGGUGAUUUGAGGAGUAGGAAAGAUCAGCUUAAACCGGAGCUGCAGAAGACAAUUGUGCAGGCUGGGCGUGUUCCCAGGAUCCCGUCGGCUGCAGAUCGUAAGAAACAGCUGGAGGAGUGGUUGGCAUUGAAAGGCAAGACAUACAAGCGGCCACCGAUGACACUGCUGCAGAAGCAGGCAGUGAAGCCGCCCUGCAGAAAGGUCGAGGCGAAAGAGAAGCAAGAGAAUCCAGAGCAGCACUGCCUGGUGAAGAUCAACAACAUAUUGACCGAGUGCCUGAAGUUUGUUGAGAAGGGUAUCCAUGCAGAGGAGCUCUCAAAAGUGCUGUCUGUUGUGCCCCAGGCAGAGAAAUUUGCCAAAUUCUGGAUCUGCCAAGCGAAGCUGCAGGCCCGGAGCGGCCCCUUUGAUGUGAUGGGGCUGUACAGAGCAGCAGUGUGCGCAGGUGCUCAGCCACUCCAGGAGCUCAGGGAGGUUGUUCUUGAUAUUUUGAAGGCUGCAGGCCAUACGUCAGAAGGUGAAAAGGCUGAGCAACCCAUUCCUUUGGAACCUACAACGCCUUGUCCAGGUGAGAGGCAGCCCAUAGCAUCAACUCCAGGCCCGGUGGGGAGGCCCCUGACCUCCCUUCCUCUUUCAGUCAAGUUACAGGUCACAUCUGCAUCCAGAGGUAGGGAGUUCGCAGAAGGCCCGGAAUUGAAAUUCCUGACACCUGUGCGGCGCUCACUGCGGGUCGAGCGGGCUGGGAGCCACUACCCGGAGAUGCUGAAGGACCAUGACCCUGUGGUGUCAUCCCUCAGUGAAAUCCUGGAUGCUGAAGAGGAGACUCAGUUCUUCUUCCGUAAAAACAAGGCUUUGCCAGAGGUGACGGGGCUGGAGGGUGUGAGUUCAUACAGCCCUGAGAGCUGCUAAGGGGCUUCUGGUGGAGCCAGUCCACCUGCCCCCUGUGCUGCCUCGCACACAACUCCCCUGGCUGCUCUUGCUGCCCCUCGGUUGUAGGCGUGGGGGGAUGGCACAGAAUAAGCCUGUUUGAAAUAUCUAAGUGCUGUUUUAAAUAUAUUAAAGUCUUGCAAUAGA